CCAGUCGUACCCAACAUCACGAGCCCCACAUACCAUCUCUCGAAAUACGUGAGCGUCAUACUACAAAACGCAAUGUGCAGUCCGCACAACAUACGGGAUUCGUUUACGUUUGCAUCCGAGAUAAACCGAAUGAAAAUUCCAGAAAACCACGUCGUUGUCUCAUUCGACGUGAUUUCCUUGUUUACUAACAUUCCCAAGGAACUGGUGAUACAAGGAAUUUUCAGAAACUGGGAAAAAAUUAAACGACACACACAGAUCAAUCUCGAUCUGUUUCAAGAGCUCGUCGCUUUCUGCUUGGAUACCAGCUACUUUAUGUUCCGUGCACAAGUCUACCACCAGCAAUUUGGGACAGCCAUGGGGAGUCCUCUGUCUCCAAUCCUGGCAGACAUGGUUCUCGACGAACUGAUAGACACCGUAGUCCAAAGGCUGGAUUACGUGAUAAAUUUCCUCAAAAAAUAUGUGGACGACUUCUUCUUGGUACUACCCCGAGACAAAGUCGACUACACUCUUCAAGUUUUCAACAGCUAUAACGAGCACCUCCAGUUUACUGUCGAGGUUGAAAACGAAAACAAACUACCUUUCCUUGAUGUGGUAGUAAUCAGAGGAGAUGACCAAAUGCUAUCGACAGAAUGGUAUGCGAAGCCCAUAGCGUCAGGCAGACUCGUCAACUAUUUCUCAUACCACCCGCUGCCACAGAAAAUGAACGUAAUAACCAACUUCAUCAACAGAGUCAUCACACUAUCACCAAAAGCCGACGCACAAACGCUGAAAAAAAUAGUCCACACCAUCCUACGCAACAAUAACUAUCCAACCAAUUUGAUCAAUCGCAUCUUCCAUCGAACUCUAUCACAUGCCACUGCCGGACCACCACUCGGGCCAACAUCCAAUAGCAUUGCCAACAAUGUCAACUCUAUGCCACACCACAUCGCUACCCACACCACCACCGCCAGCACCGCUAACACCGAAGCCACCUCCACCACCUCCACCGCCACCCACACCACCACCAACGCUGCUACCUCCAUCCCCACUGCACCAGAUCCAGACCAGAACACCUGCACUCCAACAGCCCCAUCAACGCAUCCUACAACUGAUGCAUUCAAAUACGUCAGCCUCCCGUAUAUCCCCCAACUCAGCCAGAGUAUAAGCCGAUGCCUGCAACAGGAAUACCCAACGGUGAAGAUAGCCAACCGAAAGGUUAACACAGUCGGACACCUACACACCAGAGUCAAAGACCGUAUAGACCCGAUGCAGCAACACAACGUGAUAUACCAAAUACCAUGUAGCGACUGUAACCAAGUCUACAUCGGUAUGACGACGAACAAACUGAGAAAACGCUUAAGUGGGCACCAAUCGAACAUCAAUCAACUCAACCGACUACGGGACCAGGGUUACACCAACACCGACCAAGCAAUGAUCCAACAGAGCUCAAAAACAGCCCUAACCGAGCACUGCGUAAAAGAGGAUCAUCGCUUCGCUCUGCAACAGACGAAAAUACUCGAUAAGACACACAACAGAUCCACUCUGCCUCUGCUAGAAUGUUUCCACAUCUACAAUACCCACCGCACAGUGAACCACCGCACCGACGUAGAAGGCCUCAGCUCCAUAUACUGCGGGCUUCUACGAACAAUAGCAGCAAAACAAGUCAAGAGAACCCAAACAAACCCGCUGCCACCACAGCACCCCAGCACAUCCAACCCCGACAACCAACAACCAACAGAUGAUCAACAGCAAUAAAUCACCAUAACACUACCCCACAGACAUAGGUACCAGUCCAACUGCACACACAUCGUCACAUGUAACUGAGAGAGACAUUUCAACAAUCUCCCAAAAAUUCUCCAUUAGCAUUUCCACUAAAACUAGUAUUCAGUGUCUAGACGCCAUGAUAGUGUUCGGCGCAGUGGUAAAACAAAUUAUUGUAAACUACACCCUCACCAUCUACCCACAAAUAGCCAACACAAGGUAAACACACGCUACCAGGUACUAACAACCCCCACACACCAACCGAUCAUUACGUUUCAGCUUAAAUUCACCAAACCCGACAGCCCUACGCCAAGCAAUCGGCGAUACAAACGUAGCGGUAUCCCUAUAACCUCCCUGAAGAAGACCCAAACCAAGGGUCGAAACGUCGGAUGAAAUAGUAUCACCCCGCUUAUAAUUUAUCCGGACCGAAAAGCCAACCAUAGAGGGAUAACUCUGCCAAUCCGUCGGUCGAUUCCACAA